GCACUACAAAAGACCUGUGACCAUUUUCUACUUUGGUGAGGAAGACUAUUCUUACACCUUGCUAGACAACGCUAAUGAGUCACAUCGCACUGGGAACAGACAUCAACUCAACGUCUAUUUCACGUUGAACCAACAUUUCAUUGAAAUUACGUGGAAGGAACGUUGAUUCAACCAGUGUGUGCCCAGUGGGAUUGUUACUCAUUCCUUCCAGUCAUCAUACCUUCCUAUGUGUGAUCAUUUAGUGUGCUGUAUGUUGUCUGAACUUCAGGCUCAACUUCAUCAUAAACCAAAUGCAUAGACCUACAUAAAUAAUGGAUAAGCUUACAUUUAAUGGAUUUGGUUUAGUUGAAAAAUGGGAGCUUUAAUGUUGACAAACUGCAAGUAGGUGCAGCCUUCUUAAUUCGAUACCACAAAGUAGCAGCAGUGUGCUGUUUCCUGUUUUGUUAUGCUAGGAAGGAAGCGGAGCUGACUACGGUAAGCCAAUUUCACACUUGGGCUGUGAGACAAUCACAACCUAUUUUCUGUUCACUUGCAAUCAGAUACAUUUGUCAUAGAAAGUGGAGCAGGCAAUAGAGGAUUUAUUUAUUUAUUUCCUCACAGGGCCAUAAUCCUAGUAACCAUAAACCUUAAAACUAGAGACGGCUACCCUUUGACCUCCUGGAUACCCAUAACGGUUACCAUUGAUCCAAGAAAAUGUCCUCAUUCCAUCACUUCUCCCAGAGGAGAAUGGAUUAAAAUAGAGAGGAGACUCCAGAGGACGUGAGGUGGAAUCCCAAAUCCCAAAAGAGGAAACAAACAAACUACACAAACAGGCAGACUCCAUAGACCUUCCCAUCAAGGCAAGGAGAGAUCGGAAUCAUUACAGCAACUGAAUGAUUACGAAGGAAAAACCCUCCUCUUUGGUCUUCAAACUUUUAUAAAAAAUGCUUUGGUCUUCAAACCCCCAGACAAGGCAGUUAAGUAAAGAGGGGAGGAUAACAAGAUUCUCCCUACAUCAAGGAUUUGUCUAGUCUGUCCCAUCCUCCCUUUCCUUCAUCAGAUAUUCAUUGUGACUGGGAUGUCCUACUAUAUCAGCGAAAUCUUCACCUUCAAGAGUUCACCAGGAAACUGAAACCAGCACUAGAUCAGGGUCAAAUCACCACAGGAACAAUCCCCUGAUAACAGCAACAACCUUGCUCACUACUUCAAUCAGAACUUGCUGAUUGGCUUCUUCUUCAAUAUAUUACCCUUAAGAGGAGUUGCUUCACUGUCAGGGAACCAUGAAGGAAGACAUCUUGGAUUUUUUUAGUGACUUGUGGAAGGUGGCCACCACCAAGCAUGACCAGGGGAUCUACAACACAGUCUGCCUGGUGGUGCUACUAGCCCUGCCUAUGGUGGUGCUCUUUACUUCUCUGGUGGUGUGCUGCCACUGCUGCUGUCGCUGGGCCAACUGCGCUGGUUGCUGUGCAGACAGCCCCAGCUCAGCCACAGCAAAAUCAGACAAAAAGAAGAAGAGUCCGAAAGAUGAGGACUUGUGGAUCUCGGUCAAAACAGGACCUAUGACACCCGACAGGGUUGCCCUCACGAUGGUGUAGCAGUAGUGACUGAUGUUCAGAUAAGGUUUUAUCCUUUUGUAUUCAUGUAAAGCUCUUUUUUACUGCAAGGUACAGGUACAUGAUGCCGGGCACUGGUGUUCAAUAUGCUCAACAGAAAUGCUUGAAAGAGGAUAAAAGAGCCAACGAUACGUGCUUGAUAGUGAUUGAUUGAUUGCGUGUGUGUGUGUGUUGGUUCUUCUAUCCUUGUCGGGACCUAAAAUCCCCCAAAGUACCCACAGGGAUAGUAAAAUAAGUCAAACCUUUCCCACGUCCCCAUGAGGACAAAGACUAUUGGGUUAGGUUUAGGGUUAGAAUUAGGGUUAGGGUAAGGGGUUAGGUUUAGA